AUGAGCAAUGAAGAAUUAGCCUACGAUUUGUCUCCACUGCUUAAAGUAUACAAAGAUGGUCGAGUUGAAAGACUUAAAGGCACGGACAUAGCUCCUCCAUCAACAGAUCCCAAAACUGGCGUCCAAUCAAAAGACGUUGUGAUCUCACAAGAACCAGCCAUAUCUGCAAGGCUUUACAUCCCAAAAUCCACCACCACAAGCUCACCCCAAACCAAACUCCCUCUUCUCAUUUACUUCCAUGGAGGCGGCUUCUGCAUUGAAAGUUCAUCUUCUCCCGUAUAUCACAACUACCUCAACGCCUUAGUCUCUGAGACCAAUGUUGUUGCAGUCUCUGUUGACUAUAGGCUUGCCCCAGAGCACCCUCUGCCGGCUGCUUACGAAGAUUCAUGGGCUGCUUUCAAAUGGGUUGCUUCCCAUUCUGAUGGAAACGGCUCUGAAGAUUGGCUAAACAGUUUCGCAGAUUUCCAGCGUGUGUUUUUCUAUGGGGACAGUGCAGGGGGUACUUUAGCACACAACAUGGCUUUGAAAGUGGGGUGUGAGGGAUUGGCUGGUGUUAAUCUGAUUGGGAUUGUGUUGGUGCAUCCUUACUUUUGGGGCACAGAGCCAGUUGGGGAAGAAUCAACUUCCACUGCAGCUGGACCUGGAGGAGAGUUCAUUUCUGCUUUGUGGCGUUUUGCUUGCCCUUCGAGUAGUGGAUCCGACGACCCCCUUAUAAACCCAGCUAAGGAUCCGAAAUUGGGGGAAUUGGGUUGUGAGAAAGUGCUGGUUUGUGUUGCUGAGAAAGAUGUGUUGAAAGAUAGAGGAUGGCAUUAUAGUGAGACACUGAAAAAGAGUGGGUGGAAUGGGGCUGUGGAGGUCAUUGAAGCAGCGGGGGAGGAGCAUUCGUUCCAUUUGGGAGAUCCAACUUGUGACAAUGCUGUGGCCAUGAAGAAAAAGAUUGUUGCUUUCUUGAAUUAG